UUUGUUCUGCAUGGAGGCUAGUUUAGGUGAAAUCCCCUUUGGUAUCGAUUUUCAUCCUUCAAAUGAAUUGGUCGCCGUUUCUCUCAUUACCGGUGACCUUCAUCUAUACAAAUAUAAUACAGAAAAUUCAUCGCUACAAAGAUGCUUGGAUUUUCGUGCUCAUGCCGAGUCCUGUAGAACAGUUCGGUUUAUCAAUGGUGGACAAGCUGUGGCAACGGGCUCAAAAGAUUGCUCUAUUCUGGCAACUGAUGUUGAAACUGGAUCAGUAAUUGCUCGUCUUGAAAAUGCUCAUGAGAAUGCCAUCAAUAGUUUGAUCAAUCUUACAGAGUCAACUGUUGCCUCUGGAGACGAUGAAGGCUGUGUUAAGGUAUGGGAUACCCGACAACGAUCAUGCCUUGGCUCCUUUAAUGCUCAUGAAGACUACGUUUCAGAUAUGAAUUUUGUACCUGAUUCCAUGAAAUUGCUAACAACAAGUGGAGAUGGGACUCUGUCUGUUUGCAAUCUUCGAACUUAUAAAGUUCAAACACGCUCUGAAUUUUCUGAAGAUGAACUUACUUCUGUUGUUGUUAUGAAGAAUGGUCGGAAAGUCAUUUGUGGAUCACAAACUGGAACUUUGCUGUUAUAUUCAUGGGGAUUUUUUAAAGACUGCAGUGAUCGUUUUGUUGAUCUUUCUCCAAAUUCUGUUGAGGCUUUGUUGAAGCUUGAUGAAGAUAGACUCAUUACAGGAACUGAGAAUGGACUCAUCAGCCUAGUAGGCAUAUUACCUAACAGAGUCAUUCAACCAAUUGCAGAGCAUUCAGAAUACCCAGUUGAAGGCCUUGCUUUUUCUCAUGAUAGAAGAUUUCUUGGUAGCAUAUCACAUGAUCAGAUGUUAAAGUUAUGGGAUCUAAAUGAUACAUUGCAAGAAUCUGAAAACACCCUAAAAGGUCGAGAUGCUAGUUCAGACAGCGAUAGUGAUGAGAUGGACGUGGACGAUAAUCCUCCUCGUUCUAAGAAAGGGACAAAGACAAAGAAUGCAGCAAAUAAAGGAGCUGGUUUUAGUGGUUCAAAUAACUUUUUCGCAGAUCUUUAGGUGGUUGGUGGACAUUUGAGAAAUGGUUUUACUCAUGGAAUUGCAAUUGUGUUA